UCAAGGUGCCCUGCUGGAAAUAUGCCUCUUAGAUUUGUGGGAUUCAGAUUAUAUUUUGUGAUUUUAGCAGGGAAGCUCUUCCUGCACGGCAGCACAGACGAGCUGCCAGCGGAUCAUCUCCUCCAACCGGCCCGGCAGGAGUCCUCUCUGCUGAAGCCCACAGUGCUGAUCACCAUCCUUGCACGCAAUGCACAACACAGCCUCCCUUACUUCUUGGGAUGCAUUGACAGACUGGACUACCCAAAGGACCGUAUUGUCAUCUGGGCAGCCUCUGACCACAGUGUGGACAACAGCACAGCCAUGCUUCAGGAGUGGCUGAAAGGAGUUCAACACCUGUACCACUCGGUGCAGUGGAAGCCCAUGGAGCAACCGAGGUCUUAUGCAGAUGAGCAGGGUCCCAAACACUGGCCUGACUCCCGGUUCAUCCAUGUGAUGAAGUUAAGGCAGGCAGCACUCGGAGCUGCCAGACGACUGUGGACUGACUACAUAUUGUUUGUGGACAGUGACAACUUGCUGACUAACCGCCAGAUACUAUCAGACAUGAUAGCAGAGAAUCUGACAAUUGUAGCACCCAUGUUGGAAUCAAAAAGCCUUUAUUCCAACUUCUGGUGCGGCGUGACUCCACAGGGCUUCUACAAACGAACCCCAGAGUAUAUUCCCAUCCGUAAAUGGAAGCGGCAGGGCUGCUUUGCAGUCCCUAUGGUGUACUCCACCUACCUGCUGGACCUGAGGCGCAGUGCCAGCCGAGCCCUGGCCUUUUACCCUCCUCACCCCCACUACCCCCACCAUAUAGAUGACAUCAUGGCUUUUGCUUUCUCUGCAAGGCAAGCAGGAGUUCAGAUGUAUGUGUGCAACAAGGACCAUUAUGGAUAUUUACCAGUGCCCCUUAAACAAGACCAGACACUGGAGGAAGAAGAGGAGAGUUUUACCCACACACUGACAGAGGCACACAUUGCCUACGAUGUGGAGCCCUCACAGUAUAUGCACACUGAGCCUAAAGAACUACAAAAGAUGGGAUUCAAUGAGAUCUUUUUGAUUAAUCUGAAGCGCCGCUCAGACCGGCGAGAAAGGAUGUUGAGCACUUUGGCCGUCCUCGGCAUCAACACCACAUUGACAGAAGCCGUGGAUGGCAAAGCCUUGAACUCCUCUCAGCUGCUGGCUAUGGGUAUAGACAUGCUGCCUGGGUACAAAGACCCAUAUUCAGACCGUGUGCUGACUAGAGGGGAGAUUGGCUGCUUCCUCAGCCACUACAGCGUCUGGAAACAGGUGGUGCAGCAGGAACUGCAGCAGGUGCUGGUGCUGGAGGAUGAUGUCAGAUUUGAGCCUAGCUUUUGCAGCAGGCUGGUGACUAUCAUGGAAAAUGUGCAGAGAGUGGGACUCGAAUGGGACCUCAUUUAUGUAGGGCGUAAGCGGCUGCAGGUAAAGGAGCCAGAGUUGUGGGUGAAGGGAGUCAGUAACCUCGUGCACCCGAGUUAUUCCUACUGGACCUUGGGUUAUGUCCUUUCACUGAACGGGGCCAAGAAGCUCCUUCAGGCAAAACCCCUGAACAAAAUGCUGCCUGUUGAUGAGUUCCUACCUGUCAUGUUCAACAAGCACCCCAAAGACCAGUACUUGCAGUAUUUUGAUCAGAGGGACCUGAGAGCGUUUUCAGUCGAGCCUCUGCUGCUCUUUCCUACACACUACACCGGCGAGCCCGGCUACUUCAGCGACACAGAGACCUCUACCAUCUGGGAUGACGAGGCCGUGGACACAGACUGGGACAGAGAUGGAACCAAACACAAGCGUGAGCGGGAAACUGAGAAUGUAGGGUUUCGACCUGUGGCUCCUCACUCUGCUCGUGGUGGCGUGCCCCCUCUCUCUGCCAGUGGAAACAGAGAUGAACUCUGAGGGGGGACUAAAGUCAUGUUACACACAUUUUGUGAUAUAAUUAAAUAGUGUAAGUUGUUAUAACAAGAAAAGUUCCUAGUAAAAACAAAUUUGAAAUAUAGUAAUAGCAAGAAAAUGUGUCAUUACAUUGACAUACAUACACAUAAAAUAUUUUGUAGAAUAUAAUGGAUUUUGUUCAAAUUACUAACUUUACAUUGUAAUAAGAAUCUGAACACAUAUUUUUGGCAGCAAUAUGCAAAUAUAAAAAAAUACAAUAUUACAAUUUUGUAGCAGGUCAGGAAAAUGAGCAGAGCUAGCAUGUAAUAGAGACCCUCAGUGGAUACUUGGAUUAUAUGAUACAGCCCCAGUUAAAGUUCAUUACUGUCACUAUCAUUCAACAAUGGCACCAUCAAUGGAACCUCACUUCUAUAUCUUUUUAAUUCUCUGACUUUAUUUUUGCCUUAUUGCCUCCUGAAAUCUUUUUAAUCCUGGUUCCAGCCAUGUAAGGCACUUUGUAACUUUGUUUCUAAAAGUUCUGUAUAAAUAAAGUUUAUUAUCUUAUAUUAUUUAA